AUGGCCCCUGAACAUAAGCACCAAGCAUCCUUUCCGCAGUUCGCCUUGCCAGCGCAUGACUACAGGGAUACAUCAAACUGCGGAGAACAACACGUACAAAUUGUAAUAGAGGACCAGACGUAUCCAGAUUCUCACUCAAUUCACGUAAAUGAGACACCUGUCAUUGUUAAUCAACCACCGCCUCAAUUCUUCAUGCAGCAACACGAAGAGCUACUGCAGCAACAAGAACCUCUAUUGCAGCAGCCACCAGUGGCGGCACUAAAGUUGCAGCCGUCGCUCUUAGCCGCGUCACAACCAGCGCCAAUAUUGGUGCCCUCUCCCGAGUAUACGGUAUACAGUAACCCACAUAGCGUGCGCUGCGGCCUGCUUCAACCUGCCCACGGUGCUUACCCUAGUUACACAACCGGUACGAUCUCUCCGCUGCUACAUCCGAUGUCGACGUUCACGGCGUCUGCUCCUGUUUUAACACACCAUUCUCGGACGUACAGCGAGGAGUUCUACACAGACAGCUCCGAUAGCGAAGGAGAGGUUGAACAGAGCACAUCGACCGGUGAACGGGUCCUCACUGCAAGCGGCACCGCCACCUUCGCAACAGCUGCUCCACCACCGAUGCAGCUCCCCAUUGUAGCCGCGACCAACGUGCUGGCCACGAAGCCCGCCUUUCUCAAUCGAAGGGCGCUUCACGCUCGCGACUUGGAAGCAAAAUCCAGCAAGUUGAACUUGGGCCAGACCGUCCACACCUACGACCAAUGGAUGGCCAACCAAGCUCGCUACGAGGCGAUGCGUGAAGGGCGAAGGACUAGUUAUCAGACGCACGUUAUUGUUGCAUUCUUGCUGCUUGUCGCAACGCUACUCGGUUUCAUGGCUUUUGUGAGCGUGUACGGGAAGAAGCAGUUUAUGUCCAUCUUCGGAGACUACGACAGUGAGUACAACCAGACGAUGAACAGUCCGUGGCUCAAAUACUUCCUGCGCACCUUUAAUUUCAACGGUAGUGCGAAAGGGUCAAACGAGGAUACGUUUGGCCUCUGCAGAACACCAGAGUGUCGGGCUGAAGGAAUGUUUGUAAGUCAGACUCUAAACUGGACAGUUAAUCCUUGCAAUGACUUUUACAGCUUCGUUUGCUCGGAUUGGGCUGCCCAAGCGUCCGCCAUAUCAGCUGACCAGGUUGUCGUCGGAGAUAUUGAAAAUACCAUACUCAAAUACUUAACCGAGGGCAGCACCGACGAUGACAGUUUAAUUACACCAGCAAAAAAGCUUUUUCGCGAAUGCGUGGACCUGAGUGCGAUACAAGCGCUUCAAUUACAACCCUUGCGCGCAAUGUUAAAGAAAACCGGUUUGUCCGGUUGGCCAUUAGAAUCAGAUAGGAACAAAAGUUUGACUGACGUUUGGAGUGCUUCCGCAAAAAUUCUCAGGUACUUUGGCCUACCAACAUUCCUCACUGUUCGACUGACGAAGGUCUCCCGAACCUCCGACGCAGUGGUUGUGUUGGACAAGACCAACGGCUUCGGAAAUCUUGAAAAUUUCCGCGACAAUGUGAGCGUCAGUCAGCGCUCUUGGGACUUGCUGAAUAGAAUGCGCGUAGUUAACACCGACGUGCCACUGGAAUUGGCUGAAGAAGUGUUAGAGUUCAUGCACUACGUAGCCCGCCUGACGGGGCCGGCGUCGUCCAAAGAUGGCGAGGAGGUUCGGAGCCUGGGAGACUUGAACCUUUUCCAACCCUUUGUGGUCGAAGCCAUGGGCAGUUCACUGCUCAAUUUAUCGUCAGAUCCCGUGGUGUUGCUGCAGUCCUCUGACUAUGUUUCGAAUCUCAUAGAAGUGAUACGAAUUACGCCACCACACAUCUCGCUGAACUAUUUGGGGCAUGUCCUCACCGAUCACCUGAGAGGCUUCAUUCUAUCCGAGGGAAGCAAAAGGAAAAGUCGGGCACGCGUCUGCUUGCACACGGUAGAGCAAGCGCUUCCCAGCAUGGUACAUUAUGCAGCCUAUCUCAAAUUCAGGUCAACCUUGGAAAACCUGUCCAUCCGAAACAUCAUAGAUGACCUGAAGCACGAGUUGAUGACCGCCAUUGCGAAGGUCUCGUGGAUGGACGUGCACACGAAAUCUCAAGUUCUUCGACGACUAACAGAGACUCAAAUCCAGGCCUUCUUUCCCCACUGGAUGAGCAACGCUCAACUGGCUCGUGAAAUGUUUGCCGGCCUUCCGGGCGUGAGUCCCGGCCAAGCCCUUCUGUCCUACCAGGCCAUGCGAGAGUAUGAGUUCCACUCGUCCCUCAGCGAACCGUGGGACAGGAACGAUGUGUGGAGAGGCAGCGUCUUCGACACCAGCUGCUUCCUGGAGUCUAACAAUGUCUACUUCCCCAUCUCCCUGCUCAACGUCACGGGUCGAACGACGCAGUUUUUUCUGCUCUUCCAGAUUCCUCGCAUCGGGGCUCGUCUCGUGGGCUGCCUGUUGCGCGCGGCGCUUCAGGGCGCGGCGAAUGGCGACGACCGCGCGACUCGCUGGUCGCAGCCUUCCAGGCAGAACUACCGGGCCAGGGAAGACUGCUUCCGUGCUCGGCACGCGGAGUGGACCGCCGGCUCGGACGACCGCAGCCGCCUCAGGCAGCAAGCUCUGCUCCGGGACGUCACCGAGACGGCAGCCAUCAGACCCGUGCUGAAGCUCUACAAGAUGUACAUCAUGUCCCGGAGCAGGCACCGGACGGACUAUCGAUUCCAGAACGCGGAAGGGAUCUCGACCAACCAACUGUUCUACGUGUACUACACGGCCAGCAUGUGCCGCGCUGGAGGCAAGUCGGGCACGGCGACGAGUGGCGCCUCCGCUCCGAUGAGCGUCAACUGGGCCCUCAUGGACGACCCGGAGUUCGAGAAAACCUUCGGCUGCAGCCAAGGCACUGGCAUGAACCCGGCGACAAGAUGUCGCUUCUGGUAG